AUGAAAACGAGUUCGAUCUCGAUCCUCACAUCCCUGUCCUCCUUAUUGCUUUCCACAAAUGCCUGGCCUCUGCUUCCAAAUGUACUGGAGCGAAGAAAACCUGCCUCAUACUCGGUGGUCGCGGUGGAUGGCGGUAGCACAGAAGGAAGUGUUGCAUCAGCGACCACUGUCACUGAUGCCGUGACGCAUACGGAGACUCUCAUGACAACACAACUUUCCACUCUUAUGGUGACCGAGUCAGACACUCCCGCCACGAUUGUCCUCACUGUGACGACCGCAGCGCCCACCACGAUCACCGACUAUAUGCCAGGCUCGGUCACGACAGAAAUUUCCUAUUGCCGCCGCACCGGAGCCCACGACGACAACAUCAUCAUCGUCAACAACCACAACAGAAACGACGUCAACGACAUCGGCUACGACAUCAUCGAUUACGACAGAAACGACAUCAACAGCAACGUCAUCUACGACAGAAACGACGACAACUACGAGCGCUACCACGACUACACCUGCAGCUCCUCCUCCACCACCAGCGACCUCGGAUGGAAUAUAUGUUACAACACUGCUCACCAGCAGCACGACAACGACAACUCCGACCGGGAAUUCCACUUCCACUUCUAG